AUGGCUGCACACGAAGAUCUGGAAAGGAUAAAGAUGGAAAUGCAGGCCCCAGGUGGCCUUGAGGUCAAGGAUAGACAAUAUAUGUUAAAGACAUACCAGAAGUGUUUCGUUGGUUAUGAAGCAGUCGACUGGAUCUUUGGCAAUGUAAUCGGCCUGAAAUCCAGGGAAGAAGCCAUCAUCCUUGGUCAAAAGUUGUUGGACAAUGGAACAUUCGAUAUAGUUUCAUUCAUGGAUAAUACAGGUACAGCUGCUACGACGACACAGGCAAAGCUGUUCAAGGAUGACUAUCUAUUCUAUAGUUUCAGGUCAUUGUCAUUAUCAUCUUCAUCAGAGAGGUCUACACCAAACAGCUCGCCACUCAACAAGUCAACUCCAAGAUUACUACCACCACUCACUGUCAACUCAAUCAGCAGUACAGAGGCCACACCUACAUUGACAUCAGCAGCGGCUGCACGCAGUAGUACAACACCAUCAACACCAUCAUCAACUACAUCAUCAUCAACACAUCAUAGUCGCAAUGACAGUGGCAGCGAAGCCAGCUCAUUGUCCUCGACGCCAAACAACAAUCCAUUCUACAGCAGUCCCAAACACUACAGGCAGUUGACCCUGCUCAAAGACGAGCUCUUUCAAUUAGGACUCGAUUUGAUGCACAGCGAGAAGGGCAUUAGGAUGCAGCGCAGAAAGAAGAACUUUAUGGCAGCUUCCAUCAACUGUUUUAGCGGAACGCAGCUGAUUGAGUGGUUGAUGACACGACUGGAUAUAGGAAGACGCGAUGCUACUAGCAUAGGUGGCAAGCUGAUGAACUUGAACAUAUUCUUUGAGAUUGGCACUUGUCACCCAACUACACCAACAACUACAACGUCAACAUCCUCAUCAGGCUUGUCCACAUCGACGGGCAUGCCACCACCACCCUCAACAUCACAUGGUCUCGCCAACUCCAUGUCCUCUUCAAUGUCCUCAUCAACAUCGUCCUCCUCAUCGGCGGCGGCGUCAACUGGUCUGUCACAGUCCAUCUCUUCUUCAACAUCAGCUUCAUUUUCCACGUUUUCAACCAAUUCCUCUUCCUCCUCUUCCUCCUCAUCAUCGUCCAACUCUUCACAUCACAACAACAACAAUAGCACAUCAUUGUCAUCAUCACUUGGAAUAUCAAGUGUACCUCAAUCACAGUCAUCACCAUCAUUGGUCAGCAGCAAGUCAUUGGAGGACAGCCACGAUGUCUUCUACGAGUUCAUCACCAAGCCCGAGGCAAUCAUAUCAUACGUCUCUAUCAAGCGUCAAAGCGAACUACAUCUCGCUCACAAGUCCCUCUCAUCAGUGCCAGUUACCAUCAUCAACACACUCAACUACCUCAAGUCAUUGGCAUUCCCAGAGAACAGCGUCAAGAUACCUCCCAAGUCCGUGACGUCCAAGGGCUUUGCAGAGGUGAUGGGCUACCUGCGCGACAUGAUCGAUGGCAGUCAGCCACUGCCGCACCUCAAGCUCAUCGUACUGGGUUCGGAACGCACGGGCAAGACAUCUCUGGUGCGAGCACUCACCAAGUAUCAAUCAAAGACGCUGUCCAAGCAGUCGGCCGUCAGUUACCGUCGCCAGAGUGGCACGGUCAUCAGCGGGGCCAGUGACAUUGUCACACAGCAACUGGAUCCGAUCGAGACGAUUGAGUGGCGCGUCGAGCUGCCAUCCAUCACCCUCGGUGGUGACAAUGGUGUCUCCACCUCACCCAAGGCUAGUCGCAAGAGUGGCGGAGGUACUACAAUGUCUGGCGGCAGUGGCGCCGAGAAGAAGCGCAGUCUGAAGCUCAUGUGCACAGACUUUAGGUUCAACAACCCCGACGUCUACUGGAACACACAUCAGUUCUUCCUCUCGGAGCAGGCCUUUUAUCUGAUCACAUUCGACAUCAACAAGGACCCCCUGAGCAGCUCACUCGACUUUUGGGUCAACAGCGUCAAGGCCAAAGCACCUAACGCACCCAUCUACAUUGUGGCAACUCAUCUGGACGCAAUGCAUCUCAGUGGCAGCGGCGACGUGAUCAUGCGCGCCCUGCACCAGGUCGAGGCGUUCCUCAAGGAGCGCGCACUUGAGGUCACUGGCGUGAUUGGCGUCAGCACGACCACACAACGCAACAUGGACAUGCUGCGCCAGGAGAUCAUCACCACGCUGCUCCAGCAGCACUCGACGUGGAUCAAUGAGAAGGUGCCCGCUGUUUACGCACAGCUCGAGACUUUGUUGCAGGAUGAGUCACGCAAGCGCACGCCGCCCAUCGUGUCGUGGGGCGAGUACGUCAACAUUGCCAAGAUGGCCAAUAUCACGCUGCCCGAGAAGCUGGAGCGUGCCACCAAGACAUUGCAUCGAUGGGGCUCGAUCAUCUGGUUGGCGGACGACGACAAGUCGUUGUUCAAGGACUUUGUCAUUUUGAACCCUCAGUGGCUCAGCGACUGCUUCGCCGCUCUCGUCAUGUCCAAGCACACAUUCAUCUCGUCUGACUCAACACUCAGCGUCAAGAAGCUAAAGAACGUGUGGCGCAGUCCCAUCGUGCCAGAGGAGCUGCACAUCGUGCUUGUCAAGAUCCUCGAGCGCUUCAACAUCGUCUACCCACUCAAAGACUCGAUCGACUACCAAUCGCCCAUUCUCACAGAGGAGACGCGCACCGUGUCCUCACCUCUUCCAAAGUUCAAGCCACUUGAGCUGGCCGCACCCGCAAUCAUCUCGUCCUCAUCCACUGCCACCUUCCUAGCGUCUGUCGACGCCACUGCCUCGCCACACACGCCAACGUCACACCACGACACCAUGCGUCACCGUUCGACCGACCUCAGCGGCAUUAUCCGUUUCACCAAAAUCAUCAUUCCCAGUCUGUUGCCACAACAGAAGCCAUCACACCUGGCCAGCAUGUGGGACACAUGGAGCGGCGUCGACGAGUUGCAGAUCGGACGAUACUAUCAGUUCACCAACGCACCAAAGUCAUGCUUUGAGCGCCUGAUGGUGCGCUUCCUCUACCUGAUGGAGCCCAUCGUGUGCUGGCGCACAGGCAUUCUGUUCCGCAAGCCACAGAGCCUAAAGGACUCUGUCAAGAAUUCAAUGUCGUCCUGUGGCACGCUGGUCGAGUUUGACCCUCGCACCCAGCAACUUCAGAUCCGUGUGCGUGGCCAUGAGUUUGACUCCCUGGCUCGUCUCUUCCAGAUCGUAUUGGAGAAUGUCGACACGCUCCUGAAGGACCAGCAAGGCUUCAGCCCCGCGCUAUCCUACGUGCCUUGUGCCUGCACAGUCAAGUGUCGCGACGCACCCACAUUGUUUGAGAUUGGCCAAGUUGAGGCAUCGUUUGUCGAGGGCGUGGCACACAUCACCUGUCCUAGCAGCCAGAAGCUGAUGUGUAUUGCCAAGAUCGCACCAGAUGUCACACUCUCCUCGGUGCCCUCCACGACCAAGAUCAGUUUCGACGACAUCAAGGGUCUGGAGCAGAUUGGCGCAGGCGCCUCUGCAAAGGUGUUCAAGGGCACGCUCAAGGGCGAGCAAGUCGCCGUCAAGAAGCUCAACCUCGACCGCAUGGAUGUGGGCAGCGAGCAACCAACACCCACAGCCGCCGCCACAUCGUCCACAGCCAGCACACCCCUGUCCUUCCAGCGCCAGUCGUCCAGCAGCUCGAUCUCCUCCACGUCAUCGUCUGAGGACUCAUCGUCCAACACACACAUCCAGCAUCAGCAGCAGUCGCAGUCACAGUCGUCCAAGCUGUCAGUGAUCAAUGAGUUCCGUCGCGAAGUCUGGCUGAUGAGUGACCUGACACACUCCAACAUCGUGCACAUGAAGGGCUUCUGCAUUGACCCAUACUCAAUCGUCAUGGAGUACAUGGACUUGGGCAGCUUGUCAUCAUACCUGCGCAAGAAGCGCGAGGCCAACGAGACCCUACCCUGGAGCACCAUCUUCAAGAUUGCCAAAGACAUUGCCUCUGGCAUGGCUUUCCUGCACAACAUCUCGCCGCCACUUGUACAUAGAGACUUAAAGUCACCAAAUAUACUUUUAUCAACUCAACCUAAUGAUCCCAAUGCGAUAGUGGCCAAGGUGUCAGACUUUGGACUGUCGAGGACGGUUGUGCAGGGCUUUGUGUCCAAAGUCGUGGACAACCCGAUGUGGCUGGCACCCGAGGUGCUCAAUGGCUACGAGUAUAACGAGAAGGGCGAUAUAUAUAGCUUUGGCGUGAUCAUGUGGGAGCUGUUCCACAUGCAACUGCCAUUCGAAGAGUUCAACAUCAAGUUUAUGAGCACCCUGGAGGACCACAUCCUGAACGGACUGCGACCCACCAUCAGUCCCCUUUGCAACAAGGCGUACGCCGCACUGAUCACCAAGUGCUGGAGCGCUGAUCCACAGAGCCGUCCACCCUUCCCAACAAUCGUCAAGCAGUUGGAUGAGAUCAACAGUCAACUUCAACUUCAGCAGCAGUAA